GUUUACAGCCUUGACAGCGGCGGUACCAGCAGGGGGGAAAAGGCCGUUUAAGUUUUGUCGCGUCAUACGGCGCUCCCUUCCUCCCGGACUGCUUCGCUCCAGGGGCCAGCUGCUGCGCCUGAAGGGGAGAGGCGAAUUUUGGGCCGCGCGGCAGCCUCAAACUGAGGUCAUUCAAAAGUGUGAUUGGAAGCAAUGGACGAGCAAUCCCAAGGAAUGCCAGGCCCUCCUGUUCCUCAAUUUCAGCCACAGAAAGCCUUGCGACCUGACAUGGGCUACAAUACUUUAGCCAACUUUCGAAUAGAGAAGAAGAUUGGCCGUGGACAAUUCAGUGAAGUUUACAGAGCCACAUGCUUGCUGGAUGGUGUGCCAGUAGCCUUAAAAAAAGUGCAGAUAUUUGAUUUAAUGGAUGCCAAGGCCCGUGCUGAUUGUAUCAAAGAAAUAGAUCUUCUUAAGCAACUGAAUCAUCCGAAUGUAAUUAAAUACUACGCCUCAUUUAUCGAAGACAAUGAAUUAAAUAUAGUGCUGGAAUUAGCAGAUGCUGGUGACCUUUCUAGAAUGAUCAAGCACUUUAAGAAACAGAAGCGGCUGAUUCCUGAAAGGACUGUUUGGAAGUAUUUUGUUCAGCUGUGCAGCGCCUUAGAGCAUAUGCAUUCACGACGUGUCAUGCAUCGAGACAUCAAGCCUGCAAAUGUGUUCAUUACAGCUACAGGAGUAGUAAAACUUGGAGACCUUGGACUGGGAAGAUUUUUUAGCUCCAAAACCACAGCUGCACAUUCUUUAGUGGGAACACCUUAUUACAUGUCUCCAGAGAGAAUCCAUGAAAAUGGAUACAACUUCAAAUCUGACAUCUGGUCUCUAGGAUGUCUUUUGUAUGAGAUGGCUGCAUUGCAAAGUCCGUUCUAUGGUGACAAAAUGAACUUGUACUCUUUAUGUAAAAAGAUAGAACAAUGUGACUAUCCACCCCUUCCAUCAGAUCACUAUUCAGAAGAACUGCGACAACUAGUUAACAUGUGCAUUAACCCCGAUCCAGAGAAGCGACCAGACGUAACCUAUGUUUAUGAUGUUGCAAAACGUAUGCAUGCACUCACUGCAAACAGCUAAAAGACUCGUCGAGUACUGAAGAGGACACAACUAACCUUGCAAUUUCCAAGUAUUAUUGCAGAAACUGUCUUCCACCUUGACUUCCAUCUGUUAACUAAAGUUUAGCUAUUUGCAAUUAGCACAUUUAACAAUUUUGUUACAGAAGUGUUACUUUAAAAUAUUUUAGGAGUUUUUUAAAGAUUUUUUUUGGUAGAAUACAGAAAAGUUCUAAAUUGACAAGAAGGAGCAGAAAACUGGCAAUCUCUAAUGACUUUGGAAACUUUGGCAAUUUCACAAACAUUAUUACAUGAAUUUCCAAAAUUGUAUGACUCCCUGCUGUUCGGUUCUACAUAACUGAGUUGCUGUUUUGCUUGUUUACUAUAAGCUUAACUCUUGAAUCAGUUCUUCUGUUUUUAAUAAUUUAUAGAUGUGAUGAAUCAGCACAAUUAGUGAAUUUAUUGUUCAUUAGUGAAUUUAUUGUUGCCUUCCCCCCCCCUUCCCCUGGAGGCAAUUAAUUAAUAGGGAUUUUUUAAUGAGUUAUGUAGUUUACAGUUUUGCUUGUCAAGAUAAAUGUAGAUAGAAACCAUUUUAUUGGCUGUUGAACUUUAACACAGCUGCUGAAUGUGAAAGGAUGCUUUUUGGAGAAAUUGUCCAACACUGAAAAAUAAUACUGUCAAGCUUUUGUUUCUUUACCUUUGCACAGCAUCCUAAUCCUCACCUUUUAAAAAUUUCAGACAUUUGUCUUAUGUGGUGCCAUGUUGGAGGAGAACAGUGCAAGUAUAUAGAGUUAGGGCUCUGUUUGGAUCAUUCCCAGAAUCUGCAGUUUUUAAGGCUGAGUUCCACAGUUUUAAGUGGUUCCAAAAUUCUUCUUCCUCUUCUUCUUCUUUGCAAGAGAAAGCUCUCCUUCUAAACUCUUCUUCUGAAAUCAGUGGGCUUUACAAGUGCUUAUGCCCAUCUUUUAUUACACUCCCAAUCCUAUGCAGUGUUAUUCCCUUCUAAAAUAUAACUCUGCAUAGGAUUGCACUGUUAUGUACAGAAUACUUGCGUAAGUCCUUAUGGCUGUGAUUCAGCACUUCUCAUUGAGACAUAAUUUGUUUCCAAAGGCUAUCAUUCUGUGUCCUUCUUCCAACAUUUUUUUAAAAUAGAAAUAUUUCAGAAGAUUUUGCAAGUUACACUGGCAGUUUUAAAAGCUAGUUUACAUGUAGAAAUGAAACGGUUGCUGCAUAGUGGCUGCUUGAGAUUGCACACAUGUGACAACUGUUCCAUGUGGGAAAUGAUUUAAGUGUUUAAGUACCCCACGUGGGUCAGAGACCCAAAGAUGGCUUUCUCUACACCAUUGUAAAUGGGCAACAGGAAUGUAUUGCAGAUGCAUA